AUGAACCCUUCCAACCCACCUCAAGCUGCCGAGUAUGGUGGAGAUGAGGUCUCCGCUAUCGUCCUAGACCCCGGUUACUCAACCACUCGCGCUGGCUUUGCUGGUGAAGACGCUCCCAAGUCACUGAUCCCCACAUACUAUGGAAAAUACAAUGCCGACGGGCAGGAGAAGAUUGUGUACGGCGACGAUGUCUUUGUUACCCCGCGACCAGGUCUGUCCGUUCACAACCCGCUCAACAAGGACGGUAUCGUGGAGGAUUGGGAUAUGGCAGAGAGAGUAUGGGAACAUUCAUUCAUGUCCCGGCUCACCGGCACGAAAGCGGGCAAUCCUUUCCAGAACGGCUUGAACGAUGUCGCGAGCGACGAGCUCCCCGCAGAGAUGGAGGUUGAGUCAGAUGAGAAGCCUCUGUCCGAUAGCCCAUUGUUGAUGACAGAGCCUGGAUGGAACCCGGCAAAGGCGCGUGAAAAGACCAUUGAGAUCGCGAUGGAGAAGUGGGAUACUCCGGCUUUCUAUCUUGCGCGCACUGGUGUUCUUGCCUCAUUUGCUUCUGGCAAGGCCUCCGCUCUUGUCAUUGAUAUCGGCGCUUCCAACAUCUCCGUUACCCCGGUCCACGAUGGAAUGAUCCUGAAGCGAGGCGUGCAACACUCCCCACUCGGCGGUGAUUACAUCUCUUCGCAGAUCAGCGCUUUGUUCAAAGCCAACUCCCCCCAACCGAUCACAAUCACACCUCACUACCUCAUCAGCUCGAAGACUGCCGUUGAAGCCGGCCAACCGCCCCAAGCGAAAUACAAGACCUUCCCAGCCGACAAGGCCCCCGACGCCUCAUACCGCGCCCUCUUGGAGGAGCGCACGUUGACCGAAUUCAAGGAAUGUGUCGUGCAGGUGUGGCCCGGACCUACCAGACUCUCUGCCCCCGGUCCCAAUGGCGUCCCCAACGAAGACAUGGCCCGCACCUACCCCGGUCGCCCCUUCGAGUUCCCCGAUGGAUACAACCAAGUCUUUGGCGUUGACCGUUUCCGCGUCGUCGAAUCUCUCUUCGAUGCUAAGGCCGCCAUCGCAGACCCCGAGUCCUCCUUCCCUCCUCCCACACCCGCCCAGACCAUCCCCGAGCUCGUCAAGGCGUCUUUGGCUGGCGUUGACGUCGACAUCCGCCCCCACCUGCUGGCCAACGUGGUUGUGACUGGUGGAUCCAGUCUGCUUUACAGUUUCACCGAACGUCUGAACCACGAACUGAUGCAGAUGUUCCCGGGCCCCAGGGUUCGUGUCACUGCCGCUGGUAACACUUCCGAGCGACGCUUCGGUUCCUGGAUUGGAGGAAGUAUCCUGGCUAGUCUGGGUACCUUCCACCAGAUGUGGAUCUCUAAGAAGGAGUAUGAUGAGCAUGGGCCGAACAUUGUUGAGAAGCGCUGCAAAUAA